CCUUAAUUGACUGCAGCAUUUGAUUGUUGCAUUGAAACGAACGUUAUUUGAAAAGUGGAAGGUGCACUCACAGGAUGACCAUGAGAUCGAAUAACCCAAGCAAAUUAAAUCGGUUUGACUUGGUAGCAUCUUAUACGUUGACAUCUUUGCGACUGAAACCGGAUAGAUGGAUGAAGAUGAUUGAAUCUGGCAAUCCGAAGGCACUCAUACUCAAGUGGUUGGAUACUGCCGAGCAACGUUGCCUUUUCUUCGCUGUGAACUCAAUGGGCGAACUAAUGCCUUUCUUAUCAUUACCGACUAGAGGAAACUCUACCCAACGAACCGGCGGGAAAUUCAUAUUCUUUGUCAAACAGCGCUACGUUACCAUUGACGUGGAAAAUUUUCGAAAUGAUGUGAUUUUCGGAGAUAUUCCCGGAGACAUGGCACAAAACUUCCCGUUUCUUUUCAGCGAAGUAUUCCUGGCACUUUUAAAGUGUCCUUUUAACCAGAAGACAUGGCCUGAAUCAGUCCUGAUGGAUAUUGAGACGCACGUGCACAAUUUGCAGAAUUCGUUUGUUGAAGUGGAUGGAAGUGUCGCCAUUUGGAGGAUUUUGCCAGCAACGAUGAACACGCAAUUGAUUGUGAAAAUGGCAACUGAUAUACAAGAACGCAAAUCUACUCCAUUCAUAGAUUUAUCAACGAAGAACAUGCUAGAAGGAGUAAUGAUCAAAUUAAUUACCCAAAUACAUAAGUAUCUUAACGAACCGUUACCCAGCCCAUUGAAAGUUAUGCCAGAGGCCGAGAUAUCCUUCUGGAAUCUACGUUUGUCAAACUUAGAGAGUGCUUACCGUCAGUUAUGCAGUCCUUGCAUCAAGGCGGUGGCGUUCGUCCUCGAGAAUGGGAACUCGGUGUACAGUAAUGCUUUUCAUGCAGCUCUGAAGGAUGUUGUCUUCGCCCUGCACGAAAGUCGCGAUAUAACUUUGUACUUAAAUCCGCUUUUGCAACAAACUUCCGAGCUUAGUGAAAUUUGUUUCAUAAACUCAGGACCAUUAAUCCGGCCGUUAGUCCACGUAAUCUAUUUGGUAUCCACGAAUUCGAAAUUCUACUCGACAAGCAAACGCCUUACCAUGCUCCUCCGAGCAUUCUGCAACCUCUUGACGACCAGGGCCAUGGAUGGUCUGGAGAUUUCAACUCUAUUCCAAAACGAUCCAGACGAAGGCUCCGAGAAGAUAUCAAAGACGAUUCAAGUCAUCAAGGAGUUCAAAGAACAACUUCUCGAGUACCGGGAAAAGGAUGCAUCUGGCGAGGUGGAGAGUGGCCAUCAACCGAAAUUACUGUUCCGUCCGCCGGAUGUUUUCGUCCGCCUUGAUGUGCUGCUGACUCAACUCGCCGACCUAGAGCACAUCUUCUCCAUUGCAGAAUGUUUUAAGAGCUUGGAGAAAGUGGAAUUUGGAGGAGUUCAUGGGAAAAUUUUGACGGACCAGCUCAUUAAGAUCAAAAGCGAGUUCGAUGAAGUCUUCGAUAAAUUAGCAACGAGAAGCAUCGAUUUAUUUAGCAUUCCCGAUAAUCAAGCCACAUUCAAACAGAUUACCGGUAAUUUUCUACACCGAACGGCAUCAUUAGAGAAGAAACUUGCAACGUUGCUCGCUAAAGCCUUUGGAGAGUGUGCUAAUGUGGAGCAAUAUAUCAAGCUCCUACAAAUGAGUGACAAACUUGUUAACCUUCCGCUCGUAAGGCGAGAUAUUCUCCUGAUAGUUUCCCAUAUGUUCUCGCUAUGCAAGGAUGAGUUGCUACAAGUUGAGGUCGACUUAAGAAUUGUAGUCGGCGGAAAAGCCUGCCUGCUGGAUAGGCAAUUACCACCUAUCGCUGCUCGAAUCCAGUACAUUCGGAGGCUCAAGGAUAGGGCUCGUAACCUCAUGAAAAUUGAAUUGUUAGAACGAACACUACACAUAUCUGUCCAGGACUUUGAAAUCAUAACCAUUAAAUGCAACAAGUUGAAUGACGACUUGGAUGUUCUUGAAAAGGAUAUACUUUCGGAUUGGUUUAAAUCUGUUGAAGAUAAUCUUCUAUCAGAUCUGAACCGAAAAGUUCUGAUCAAAUCAAAGAACGAAUUCAAGGAAAAUUUCAGCCAACUCUUAGAUUCCUCCAUGCGUGAGGUGAAAUGUCUUUCAAAUAUGGGCAUCGAACUCCCACAACCGCUAACGGAGUUCCACCUACAACGUCAGGAAAUUUGGAUACGUAAAGUACAUCUUAUGCAACUAUGUGAAUGGUUCAAUCUUAUCGCUGGUGAAACUCCGGAGUGCGAGUACAAUUUGAUUGAAAGUGAAAUGCACCUGAUAGAGGAAUGUCUGGAUGAAAUCGCGGGAAAGCUUACCUGGUCUGAUUUCGACUCGAAUUCAGUUAAUAAUGUCUUUACGAGGUUGAAAAGUGUUAAUAGCCGUCUUAGUACUGCAAGGCAAAGAAUUGAUUCUUUGCUACUGGAAAUUAGAUCUUGGCUGCACAAACCAUUUUAUUGCAGGAACCUCUCAAGUGGAGGCCUUCUAGCAAUUGAAGACCGGCAAAAGUGGACCGCAGCCGCUAAUGAAAACUGUUUGAAAACAAGGCACCAAGUAGAGGAGACGAUUAUCCAAAAUUUUGCCCUGCUCCGCAACGAAAACGACAAUUCUGAAAAUGAUUCUAACGACGAUGUACCUUCCGGCUACAAUCAGAAGGAAUCGAGCUUGUAUGAAACUUACAAGGAAUAUGUUAAUAAGAUUAUUCAAGAAGAAAUUACGCAGGCAAUACAGACAAGUUUGAACUACAUUAAGGCGCAAAUGGAUUCGUCGAAGGAACAUGACUGGCCACUUUUCGAAGUAAAACUUAUUCUGGAUUACGGCAGGGUGUCUUUCAUCCCAAGCUUUGACCCGGAUGCAUGCGAAGGCUUCUUUGAAAUCAUUCUUCAACUUAUUCGUGAUAUUUUGCAAGUAAUCCAUGCGGCCCCCGGCAGCGAAGAGAGAAACUUGGACUCCACCACGUUGGAGACAAUGCACAAUGAAAUUCUUUUUCUUGUGAUUCCAGAAUUAAGAGGAAUUGGCGUUGAAGAAUGUGUCAGGUCAAUUAUGGAACACACAAAAAGUGCAAUGAACAAGGCUUCAGAAUGGGCUUUAACUUUUCAAAAGUACAGCUUCCUGUGGGAGCGUGACAUGGAGGAGGUUCUGGGGAGUAAAAUAGAUGAGUGCAAUUCGUUGGACGAUUCUGUGGCCUCGCGGAGUCAGCACAUAUUGCCUAGGUUAUUGGAACAUGUUAAGUCACAGGUUGACUGUUACAUGGAACUCUUCGAGGAAGCAGAAAAUAUUGAUGACGCUUGUACAUUCGAAGGAUGGCUUUUAGUCAAUGCAAAAACUGCUAAGCACGAUUUGCUCAAUACUAUUUGCAAGCAGGCGAAUAUCUUCAAAGAGUGCCUUAAACAGCAAAUAAAGGAGUGCCUUACAGCUUUGGAGAAGUUUGUAGCUAAUGGGUUACGCACCCUUAACGCUAGCAUUGAGAAGGAAGACUUCGAUAAAUUAUGUGAAAUUAUGCAUGUAAUGGAACAACUCCAAAUGCAGGGAACAAAUGUUGAGAACAUAUUCAAGCCAAUGAAGGAAUCCGCUGCAUUCUUGAAUAUGUGUAGUGCUAGUUUACCAGACAAAAUGAUCAGAUUGAUAGACGAACUACCAAGCCAGUGGAGACUGAUAAAGAAUACCGCUGACAGAACUUCAUACCGAAUUAGUUCGGCGUUAGGAUAUCAGCGGGAUGUUACGAGCAAGCAAAUAAUUCUCCUCACAUGUCGAUUAGAAAAUUAUCGAAGGAACUUCAUCGAUCUACCAAUAUUCUCCUUCCCCUGCUCAGAUGCCUACCAGAAAAGUGAUCAAAUAUUUGCAGAGCUUUGGGAAUUUUGUUGCGAAAUGGAAAUUUUAGAAAGAUCUGCGAGAUUAUUUCAAGUACCACUACCAAACGCAGUAAAUCUGAAAAAUAGCUUGAAAGAUCUGAACUACAUAAAGCAAGUGUGGGACUUCGCUUACGCAAUUGAGUCUUGCAUAGAUCACUGGAAGGCAACGCCUUGGAUGCAAAUUGACACGGAGGAAGUUGAGAACGAAUGUAAAAAAUUUUUCAAGGAGUUGCGAAGCUUGGAUAAGAAUGUACGUACAUUUCAACCAUACAUUCACACAGAGCAGAAUCUUAGAAAUUUAACUGCUGCUUUACGAACUACUGCUCAACUUCAGAACAAAGCAGUUUCUGAAAGGCACUGGAUGGACCUGAUUCGUGCCACAAAGCUUCACAAGGAGCAGCCUAUACAAUGCCUGAUGUCUUACAAAACCAAUCCGUUGGCGACUUUCCAUCAACUCCUUGCUUUGAAUCUACACUCCUUCGAGGAAGAAGUUACGAAUAUUGUGGAUAAAGCAGUAAAGGAACUUGCAGUUUCCAAUAUUCUUGCAGACAUCGAAUGCAAGUGGGUCAACGUCGAAUUCGAAUAUGAACCUCAUGAUCGUCGAGACAUCCACCUACCCAAAGUAUCUGAAGAAUUUAUUGAGAACCUCGAAGAAAGUCAAUUGCAGCUGCAAAUAGCCAGUUCUUCUAAGCAUACAGAAUACAUUAUGCCUCAAAUAAAACGCUGGCAAAACAGACUGCUCAGCAUCGAUCAGUUGAUUACCCUUUGGUUAGAGGUGCAACGAAAGUGGGUGUACCUGGAAAACAUAUUCGUUGGCUCUGAGGACUUGUGCAUUCAGAUUCCGCAGGGCUCAAGCCCAUUUGAAGACAUUGACCAGGACUUUGCUAAUAUGAUUAAGGAAAUGGUCACGGCCAGAAAAAUGCUGCGUAUAAUAGAGAAUAAAGAGUUGUUUGACAACCUGCAGGAACUGUUAGACGACCUUAACAAGUGCGAAAAAGCGUUAAACAAUUACCUCGAAAUGAAAAGAUUGGCAUUUCCAAGGUUCUACUUCCUCUCAUCCGCAGAUCUGCUUGAUAUCCUUUCUAAUGGAAGCAAUCCAGCCCUCGUGGAGCGUCAUUUGACUAAACUUUUUGAUUCACUUGCUGGUCUUCAUUUCGAACUAAAUACAAAAGUGGCAGUGACUAUGAUUUCUAAGGAAAACCACGAGCAAGUAAGCUUCUAUGAACCUUGCAACUGUUCUGGAAAAGUGGAGGAUUGGUUGCAGCGAUUGAUUCUGUGUAUGAAAAACACACUACGUAUGCUAUUUGAAGCUGCGCUUGCAGAGUAUAAUGAUAAGACCUGUGAGCAAUGGUUGAUGGAUUGGCCGGCCCAAGUGGCACUUUGUUGUGAACAAAUCAAAUGGACAUCUUCCGUCAAUCACGCUUUCGUCCUACAACAGGAAGGCUAUGAAAAUGCCAUGAAAGAAUAUUAUCGGAAGCAAAUAUCUCAGCUUAAUGCAUUGAUCACUUUAUUAUUGGGUGAUUUGAGCCCAGGGAGCAGGCAAAAGAUCAUGACCAUCUGCACCAUAGCUGUCCAUUGUAGAGACGUUGUUUUGAAAAUUAUUCAAGCCAGAGUGGAGGGAGUGUCUUCCUUUCAAUGGCAAAGUCAGUUGAGGCAUCGAUGGAAUGAGAAUGUUCGCGAAUGCUUUGCUAACAUUUGCGAUGCUGAAUUUAUCUAUGCUUAUGAAUAUUUAGGUAAUACUACCAGACUAGUUGUGACACCACUCACGGAUCGAUGUUAUAUCACCUUAACUCAAUCAUUACGUCUGGUGCUUGGCGGCGCGCCAGCGGGCCCUGCCGGCACCGGGAAAACCGAAACCAUCAAGGAUUUGGGGCGAGCACUGGGAGUUAUGGUGUACGUAUUCAAUUGUUCCGAGCAAAUGGAUUACAAAUCGUGUGGAAAUAUUUACAAAGGCCUAGCACAAACAGGUGCCUGGGGUUGUUUUGAUGAAUUCAAUAGAAUAUCCGCCGAAGUACUGUCUGUAAUUGCAAUUCAAGUGAAAACCAUCCAGGACGCCAUUAAGGCCCGAAAAACCGAAUUUACCUUUAUGGACAGCACCAUACGCUUGGAGCCGUCUGUGGGCAUUUUUGUUACCAUGAAUCCAGGCUAUGCCGGCCGAACGGAAUUGCCGGAAAACUUGAAAAGUUUAUUUCGUCCUUGUGCUAUGUUCGUGGCAGAUUUUGCACUUAUUUGUGAAAUCAUGCUGGUCGCGGAAGGAUUUCAGGAAGCCCGCUUCCUGGCGCGAAAGUUCAUAACACUAUACGACUUGUGUCGGGAACUGCUCUCCAAACAGGACCACUACGAUUGGGGCUUGCGGGCGAUAAAAUCUGUGCUCGUAGUAGCGGGCUCGCUAAAACGAAAUGAUGCAAGUUUGCCAGAGAAUCAGGUCCUCAUGCGGGCUUUACGAGAUUUCAAUGUCCCGAAAUUGGUAACGGAAGACGUACUUAUUUUUCGCGGACUAGUCAAUGAUAUUUUCCCAAUGCCCGAUGUGCCUAGAAGACGCUUCUCAGAACUAGAAGAAGUCAUCCGCCAAGCGGCUACCACGCUGAAACUGCAAGCCCAGGAAGGAUUUAUAUUGAAAGUAACCCAACUACAGGAGCUCCUGGACGUUCGGCACUCUUUAUUCAUAGUCGGGAGUGCGGGGAGCGGGAAGACAAGAAUCUGGCAAACGCUUUUCACUGCUUACAAGUUGCAGCAAUUAAAACCGCAUUACGACGUAUUGAACCCAAAGGCGGUGAGCAACGACGAACUUUUCGGAUGUGUAAAUGCAACGACUCGUGAGUGGAAGGAUGGACUCCUCUCAGUCAUUAUGAGGGAUCAAGUAAAUAUGAAUGGAAGCGGUCCGAAAUGGAUAGUCCUUGAUGGAGACAUCGAUCCGAUAUGGAUUGAAAGCUUGAACACCGUUAUGGACGAUAAUAAAGUUUUAACAUUAGCCAAUAAUGAACGAAUAACCCUGAAGAGGGAAAUGCGGUUACUCUUCGAAGUAGGUCAUCUAGAAGCUGCCACCCCGGCGACGGUUUCACGUGCUGGAGUAUUGUACAUCAAUCGCCAGGAUUUGGGAUGGCUGCCCUAUGUGUCGUCAUGGCUCGAAUCGAGAGGAAAUCUCGUGGAGCGGGGCUUUCUCCUUGUUUUAUUUGAAAAGUACAUUCCUGUGAUUAUACCUAAACUGGGAAGUUUUCAACAUAUUGCUCCCAUCACCGAUAUCGCUUUCAUCCAAAUGGUUUGCCAUCUCCUAGAAUGUUUUCUUGAUAAUGCACACCCGCCAGAAAACGAUGUCGAACAAUUCUAUGAAACGCUUUUCAACUUCGCAUUGAUUUGGGGCACUGGAUCGAGCCUCCUUCAGGAUCAUUUAAUUGAUUGGCAGAAAGAAUUUCACAAAUGGUAUACAACAGAAUUUAAAGCGAUCCGGUUCCCAGCCAAAGGGACUGUUUUCGACUACUGCAUUGAUUUGCAAACUAUUCAAUUUUCACCCUGGUGCAAGCUGGUGCCAACCUUUGAAAUGGACAAUGAGAAACCCUUGACUAAUGUCAUCAUUCCAACGCCAGAAACAACAAAGCACAUAUUCUUUCUACAACUCCUCAUCUCCAAGGGAUAUCCUGUAUUAUUAAUGGGAAAUUCCGGAUCGGGAAAAAAUUCUAUCUUACGGCUCCUUUUCAAUAAUUUUCACGAUAAACUGACUGUCCAAAAGACACAUUUCAAUUUCUACACUUCCGCAGAAAUGUUUCAACGAAUCCUGGACACACCUCUUGAGAAAAUAUCUGGGCGUUCAUUUGGCCCUAGAAGAAACAAGAACCUGUUAUAUUUUAUUAAUGAUCUAAAUAUGGCUGAAGUGGAUGCCUACGGAACCACACAGCCUCACACCAUUAUAAGACAAUAUAUGGACUAUCGUCAGUGGUACGACAAAACGAAACUCAUGCUCAAGGAUAUCAAAAAUUGCCAAUUUGCCGCCUGCAUGAACCCAACAGCAGGAUCUUUCACCAUUGACCCUCGUCUGCAACGCCAUUUUUUCGUUUUCGCUGUAAACCAUUCAAAUGAUGAUGUACUAUGCAACAUCUACUCCUCAAUAUUUACUCAUCACAUCGAAAAUCCCCUGUACAAUUUUACAAAGGAAGUGAAAGCGAUUGCACCGACUCUCGUUCUAGCUGGAAUCGCAUUACAUCGACGGAUAGAAAACACAUUCCUUCCGACAGCGAUAAAAUUUCAUUACAUUUUCAACCUUCGAGAUAUGACCAAUAUCUUCCAAGGACUCCUACUUUCCCGACCCAGUUCCUGCCCUAAACCGAAUGACCUAAUUCGAUUCUACGUGCAUGAGGCCCAUCGAGUUUACAGGGACCGAUUUCUAGAAAGUAACGACAUAAAGUCCUUUAACACCAUCAUCCGAGAUACUUUCAAGAAAUACGUGGACGAGUUCGAUGAAGAAUUCGUUUUUGCAGAACCUCUUGUAUUUUGUCACUUCGCUCAGUCGCUGCUGGAUCAAAAAUACAUGGUUGUGAAGUCAUGGAGUCAACUGUUGGAGAUACUAGUGGAAGCACAGAAAGGGUAUAGUGAAUCAAUCGGCUACAUGAACCUGGUUCUGUUCGAAGAUGCUAUCAAACAUAUUUGCAGGAUAAAUCGAAUUUUGGAAAGUCCACAUGGGAAUGCUCUGCUAAUUGGAGUCGGUGGAUCCGGGAAGCAAGCACUCUCCCGUUUGGCAGCCUUCAUCUCAUCACUCACUACAUUUCAAAUUCAGUUGAAACGUGGCUACAGUUUGCAGGACAUGCGAACGGAUAUCGCCGAACUAUACAUGAAAGUGGGCAUUAAAAAUGUGUGGACUAUGUUCCUGCUGUCGGACUCACACAUUCUCGAUGAGGCUCAUCUAACAUUUAUCAGCGAUAUCUUCGCUUCUGGUGAAAUCCCGGACCUGUUCAACGACGAUCAAAUUGACAGUAUUAUGAAUGGCGUUCGUAAUGAACUGAAACAGAUGAACAGCUCGGAUGACCAGGAAAGCUGCUACAAAUUUUUUAUCGAGAAAGUGCGGCGAAUGCUCAAAAUAGUUUUGUGCUUCUCCCCGGCAGGAGCCACCCUCCGAACACGGGCACGGAAAUUCCCUGCAAUAAUUAAUCGGACAUAUGUGGACUGGUUCCACGAGUGGCCGAAAUCUGCUCUGGAGUCUGUUUCCCAAAAAUUCCUAUCAGAAAUUGAAAUCCUUCCGACACAACUCAUCAGUUCGGCAUCACUAUACAUGGCAUACGUCCACAGCACGGUGAACAUGAUGUCAAGGGCAUUCCUACAAAAUGAAAAACGAUAUAACUACACCACUCCGAAAACAUUUCUGGAGUUUAUAGCACUCUACUCGAAACUUGUGACCACCAAGACCGUCGAGCUGGUAAACAGAAUUGAGCGCUUGGAAAAUGGAAUGGCCAAGUUGGCGGAUUGUAGCAAACAAGUCGAUAUAUUACAGGACCAACUCACAAUUCAAAUCGCAACCCUGAAUGCGAAAAAUGAAGCUGCCGACAAGCUCAUCGUUAUAAUUGGUGCUGAAAGUGAAAAAGUGCAACGUGAAAGGAUGAUGGUAUACGAAGAAGAACGUCGGGUCCGCAUAAUUGAAGAGGAUAUUUCCAUCAAAACGAAAAUGUGCGAAGAUGAUCUUCGAAAAGCUGAGCCUGCACUCGUUGCGGCCCAAGCAGCCCUAAACACUCUCAACAAAACCAAUUUAACCGAGCUAAAAUCCUUUGGAUCUCCACCGAAGGCCGUGGUAAACGUCUGUGCAGCUGUAAUGGUUUUACUAGCACCAAACGGGAAAAUUCCACGAGACCGCGGUUGGCGUGCAGCGAAGUUAAUGAUGGGUAAAGUUGAUCAAUUUCUAAACGAUCUACUUAACUAUGAUAAGGAUAAUAUCCCACCGAAUGUCAUUGAAGUGCUGGAAGAGUAUUUAAAGGAUCCGGAAUUCAACCCCGAGAAAGUGGUACAAAAAAGUGUAGCAGCAGCUGGCCUCUGUGCCUGGAUCAUAAAUCUCCAUAAAUAUCAUCAAGUUUUUCAGAUAGUCGGUCCGAAGCAACACGCCCUUGAAAGCUCCCAAAUGGAACUAAAUGAUGCUCGCGAACGUUUGAAAUUCCUGAAGGGAAAGAUUGACGAACUGGAACAAAAAUUAUCCGCGAUUCAAUGCGAAUUCGAGGGUGCUCUAAAUGAAAAGCAAAAGUGCCAGAAGGUUGCGGACAAAACGUCAGCCACAAUUAGUUUGGCCCAUCGUUUAGUAAACGGACUUGCUAAUGAAAAUGUUCGCUGGAAGGAGCUCAUAUACAGCUUACGGGAACGAAUAAGCACCCUACCGGGCGAUGUUCUACUCAUAUCAUCCUUCUUAUCGUACGUGGGUUGCUUUACUAGAGCAUACCGUCAAGAGUUAUACGGACGCAUGUGGAUUCCCAUGUUCAAAAAUAUUGAGCCAUCAAUACCACAUACAGCGGAAGUUGACCCUCUGAAGCUGAUCUGCGACGAGGCUCAAAUUGCAAUUUGGCACAAUGAAGGUUUACCCAGAGAUCAGAUGUCCACAGAAAAUGCCGCCAUUUUGACUAAUUCCAGCAGGUGGGCUCUUAUGGUGGACCCGCAGUUGCAAGGUAUGAAAUGGAUAAAAAGGAAAUAUGGAGAUGAUUUGGUAAUACUUCGGCUGACACAGAAAGGAUACUUAGAUACUCUCGAGGCUUCGAUGGCACGCGGAGAUACUGUUCUCAUUGAAUACAUCGAGGAAUCAAUAGACCCUAUCCUCGAACCUCUUCUCAGUAGAACACUUAUCAAGCGAGGUCUCUUCAUCAAGAUAGGCGACAAAGAGAUGGAUUACAGCUCAAACUUCAAGCUUAUCCUACACACAAAGCUAGCAAACCCACAUUUUAAGCCUGAAAUACAAGCACACACAACGUUGAUUAACUUUACGGUAACCCGUGAAGGGUUAGAAGAUCAACUUCUGGCGGAGGUAAUCAGAGCCGAACGUGCAGACUUAGAAGAAAUGAAAAAUCAAGUGACAAUCCAACAAAAUACAUUCCGAAUAACUUUAAAGAGUUUGGAAGAUGAGCUGUUGGCAUGUUUAGCUACGGCUCGGAAAAAUGUUCUGGAAGAUCACAGUCUUGUCGAAAACCUUGAAGCAACAAAACGGACAGUCACUGAAAUCGAAAUUAAAGUCUCUGAGGCGAAAACGGCAACAAAGAAAAUCGACGAAUCGCGAAACCACUACCGCCCCGCAGCUCUCAGAGCUUCAAUCCUGUAUUUCGUUCUUACUGAUCUGCAAAAAAUAAAUCCAAUAUAUGUUUUCUCAUUGAAGUCAUUCGUGACGGUGUUCAAACGAGCGAUAUCAACCACGUAUGAACAGCGGAACCUGAAGGAGCGGGUGGAGUACUUGGUGAAGUGUAUUACUUACGAGAUCUUCCAAUACACCCUACGAGGUCUCUUUGAGAGAGACAAACUCACCUUCGUCAGUCAUAUGAUUUUGCAGAUUCUCAUGCAUUCUGAACAAAUCCCCAAGGAAGAAAUGGAUUUUUUAUUUCGAUAUCCUUAUGAUCAGAAUGCAAUCUCCCCCCUCCCAUUCGUGUCGAAUGCAGCAUGGGGUGGGAUCAGAAGUUUAGCUAUGAUUGAGCCAUUCUAUGGGCUAGACACUGAUAUGGAAGAGUUUCCAAGGCGAUGGAAGCAAUAUAUUGAAAGUGAAUACGCUGAGAAAAUGCAGCUUCCUGGCGAAUGGAAAAACCGAACUCCGCUUCAAAAGUUGUGCAUUAUUCGAUGUUUGCGACCCGAGAGGAUUUGCCACUUUAUGAAAGCGUUUACGGAAGAAAUACUUGGCCCCGAGUAUGGAGUUUACAGAAGAAUCAACUUUCAGGAUACAUUCAAGGAAUCAAACGCUGCCAUCCCAAUAUUUUUUGUGUUAUCUCCAGGGGUAAAUCCAUUAGCAGAUGUUGAAAAAUUGGGGGCGGCAAUGAAUAUGACCAUAGACAAUGGAACCUUUCAUAACAUAUCGCUUGGACAAGACCAAGAAGAGCUUGCUGAAAGGGUCCUGAAAAUUUCCAUUGAAUCAGGACACUGGGUUGCCCUUCAAAAUAUACAUUUGGUUGCAAAUUGGCUUUCAAGAUUAGAGAAACUCGUGGAAAGUUUCUCAGAAAAUGUCAACCCCGAAUUUAGGCUGUUUAUAACAGCCGAACCAGCUCCGUACCAUGAAUGCCAUAUUAUUCCGAGAGGAAUCCUAGAACCGUCAUUGAAGAUCGUUGAAGAACCUCCAAGUGGCAUAGGUGCAAACUUCCACAAGGCAUUAGACAAUUUUUCCUACGAGACAUUUGAGGAGUGCUCGCAUGAAAGUGAAAUGAAGGCUAUUUUAUUUUCGUUGUGCUACUUCCAUGCAGUGGUUGCCGAAAGACGUAAGUUUGAGACACUAGGAUGGAAUAAUACGUACCCAUUCAACUACGGGGACCUCGUUAUUAGUGCGGAUAUACUUCGAAACUAUCUUAAUGAAAGUAACCAAGUUCCUUGGGAGGAUCUUAGAUAUUUAUUUGGAGAAAUAAUCUACGGUGGUCACAUCACUGAUAACUGGGACCGACGUCUUUGCCAAACGUAUUUAGAAGAAAUAAUGCAGCAAGACCUAGUAGAUGGCGACUUCUAUCUUUGCCCUGGAUUUCCUGCGCCUCCGAAUAUGGAUUUCGCUCGAUAUCAUGAGUACAUUGACGAGAACCUCCCAGAGGAAACCCCAACCUUGUACGGUCUUUGCGCCAAUGCCGAAAUAGCUCUCCUUCAUUCUGGUUCAGAGAAUCUUCUAAAGACAUUAUUAGAACUGCAGCCGCGAGAAUCCAACAUACAUAGUAGUAGCCACCAACCUAGAGAAGAAAUUGUGCGAAUAAUUGUAGCAGACACUCUGGACAAACUACAGGACGAAUUUUGUAUGACGGAAAUUACAAGUAAAGUAACGAAAGUUACACCAUACGUAGUUGUCGCGUUGCAGGAGUGUGAAAGAAUGAAUAUUCUCAUGAAAGAAAUGAGACGAUCCUUAAAGGAACUUCUGCUCAGCUUGAAAGGCGAGUUAGCAAUGACUGCAGAAAUGGAAACAUUACUAGAUGCAUUGUUCUAUGGUAAUGUGCCCAGAAAGUGGGAAAAAUAUGCUUACCCUAGCCUUUUGCCCUUCCAUCAAUGGUUCGCGGAUUUAACACUUCGUAUUAAAGAGCUUCAGGGUUGGUGCUCAGACUUUGUACUUCCUUCUUCCAUUUGGUUGGGAGGUUUCUUCAACCCUCAAAGUCUACUAACGGCGAUCAGGCAAGAGGCUGCUCGCAGAAAUAAGCUUCCCUUAGACAACAUGUGUUUGACUACUGAAGUAACAAAGAAGUUUCGAGACGACGUAAACUCAGCACCUUUAGAUGGAGCAUUCAUAAACGGUUUAUUUUUGGAAGGAGCCGACUGGGAUUGCAAUCUUGAUUCCAUAGUUAACCUAAGUCCGAGGGAGUUGUACUCACUCAUGCCAGUUAUACAUGCUAAAGCAGUGGUUCAAGAGAAAACCGACACGGAUGGCGUAUAUCAAUGUCCGGUUUACAAAACAAGGAUAAGAGGACAGACUUUUGUGGCAGCUUUCGAUUUAAAAACCAGAGACAGGCCUUCUAAAUGGAUUCUUGGAGGCGUUGCUUUGCUGCUUCAAGUUUAAAUUAUUAGAUUAAGGCAAAUGCUAAUGUGCACUAGUUGACACAAACAUUAAAUGUUAUGCAAAAAUGCACUUUAUCUCAGCAA